AUGACCCAACCUGCUACUGGAGACUCUCAGCAGGAAUCGACCCUCACAAUGUUCGAGCUACUCAAGCCAGCUGUUGCUGAUGUCGGAGUCGCCCGACUAGGCCGUCUGGCGUUUGCCAGUCGCAGGGUUAUGGAGACACCAAACUAUGUCGCUGUGGCUUCACGAGGAGUCAUUCCUCACCUGACGCCGGACAAUGUUGCUAAACACACAUCAUUCGAUGCGGCCUACUUGGCCAUUGAAGAUUUUCUCGAGAAAAAGGAACCCCCUAUUCUCAAACUAAACCCUGCAACACCUCGAAAUCUCCAAAGCUUCACUUCUUUCCCAUCAGAUCGAGCCCUAGUCCUGGGCCCGAGACGUUUCCCGGCGGUCACGACACCCGUCGGCAACGGGGCCCACCAUCUCAGCAUCUUCACCUCCACGGGGUUCCGCAAUCUCACCAUUCCCGAGUUCGCCAAGACCAUUGAGCUUACACAACCCGACAUUGCCAUCCCGCCUGCAGACCUCUUCCACACCAGCACCACUCCUCAGUCGAAGCGCCAGGUUCGCAUGGUUGAACGGACCGAAGAAUGGGUUGAGGAAUUCUUUCACUUGUUGGACCCUCAGGGCCGCCUCAAGGAUAUGGGCGUUUCCGUAUUCGCUCCCGUACUUCCUGUCGAAUACCCUAUACAAUGGGACUACCUGAGAUUCCUCGCCGAAGAUGUGAGAGAAUCUCUUUCAGGUUUGGCUGUAUACGAUGUCAAUCUUGUGCCUGAACUUGUCAACUAUCCGCCUCUUGUGGCAUUGCCACGAUUGUCUUUUGGCCCGUCCAAGACGCCCCAGGAUCUGCUCCGGCAAAUAUCCCUGGGCAUCGACGUAUGCACGGUACCCUUCCUCAAUACCGCCUCUGACGCAGGAAUCGCCCUAUCAUUCACGUUCCCGCCCCCAGACACCUCCGGUGUACAGCCAUUGGGCGUUGACAUGUGGUCGGAGGACCACACAAUAUCCCUGCAGCCUCUGGUUGAAGGCUGCAAAUGCUACACCUGCACCAGCCAUCACCGGGCAUUUAUCAAGCAUCUCUUGAAUGCAAAGGAAAUGCUUGGAUGGAAUCUUCUUCAGAUUCAUAACCACUCUAUUCUCAGCGCUUUCUUCAAUGGCAUCCGAGAAACUCUGAGCCAGGGUACAGAGAAGUUUGGGGAGCUCAGCAAGAAGUUCACCGCUGCUUAUGAGCCUGAAGUUCCAAGGGGAACGGGCGAGAGGCCUCGUGCCAGGGGUUACCACUUCAAGAGCAUUGCUGGUCAGACCAAGAUCAACGAGCCCAGCUGGCAGGCGUUCGAGAGCGAUGACAGCCCCCACCCCGAGGCCAUUGCAGAGCCUGCCGCGUCUGUCAACGUGCCUCCCGAGGCCCUGCUUGGUAAUGGGGUUGCACCGGGCCUGGAGAAGUGA